AUCUUUUCAUCUUGUCAGCCAUUUUUGUCACAUGUUACCCUCACAUGACUGACUGUUUGUUCCCGUGACUAGCCGAUUGAGCCGUAAAUUUACGAACUAGAAAUUCAUUAUGGAAAUGUUAGAUAGUGGUCUAGACUCUCAAGAAUCAAAGCCUAAUGCUGCAGAACUAGCAACAAAUUCCCAGGAUUUAGGUAAGAAUUUCAUAUAAAGCUAUUCUUUAUAAGGAUAUUAUUAAUAUAUAUAUUUAUAUAUAAAUGUAUAUAUAAAUAUAUAAAAAUCGUGCAGCUGUUGAAAUAACAGAAGAUGCAACAAAUACAGGUUAAAAUUUUGUUGUAGAAGCAAUACCGAAUACUGUACAUGUUAUGUAUAUAUUUGUAUAUAAAUAUUGUAAAAGAAAGUACUUUAUAUACUUUAUAUGUACAUAUAUAUGUACAAAAGUAUUUAGUUUGUGAAUUUUAUUCAAUUUUCACAGACAAAGCAAAUUCACCGAUGUUUCUGAAAAAUAUAAGUAGUUGUAAAAUUAUCCAGCAUGCUUAGUGUUUUUGUUGUUUCUUCGCUAGUAGUUCUCUGUAUUUAAAAAAAAUGCUGUUUUUUCUACAGGAGAAACUACAGAAGAUAGUAAUGGUGGGUAAUGGCUUUUAUUUAAAACACCUCCCACCCUCCUUUUAUUUAUUUUCAUUUAACCUUUAUUUUAUAUUAUACACUAUUUCCACUUUAGCUGGCAGUCAACUGACUUAUAGAGUUAUUCAAAUUGGAUCUGGAUCGGACAAUGAAGGUAGCCAGUCCCAAAUACUUGGAACUCAAGUACUGCAAUCGAACGCCUUUUCCAAUGGCUCAAACAAUUCACCCUCCAAUGACGAUGCAUCAAAUACAACUAGAUUUGCCUACGUUUCGGGCAGCAACACUGAAAGCCAAACCGUAGAAGCUGCCAGCCUGACUCAAGUACAAACUCCUCAAGGGCACUAUUUUGUGAUGAUGAAUCCACAAGAUGUAAUCCCAGCCUCUAGAACAAUUGCACCAAGUAGAUCCAUUCAGGCGAGAACAAUAAGUGGUGAUACUGGCAAAACAUCUCGAGAUGAAAGAAGAAGGGCAACUCAUAAUGAAGUUGAACGAAGAAGAAGGGACAAGAUAAAUAAUUGGAUUGUUCAAUUAUCAAAGCUAAUUCCAGACUGUGCAAUGGACGGUUUGAAAGGAACCCAAAUGUCUACUCAAAGUAAAGGUGGAAUUUUAGCAAAAGCUUGCGAGUACAUAGAAGAGCUAAGAACCUCCAACAAUAGAAUGGUUGAAAGUCAUGAUUUAUUGAGACAACAACUAGAAGAGCUGAAAUCUGAAAAUACUUUAUUAAGACAAUCUUUGAACGAAGCUGGAGUUUCUGUUCCCACCCAAGAUUUUUCUAAUUCAUAAUUGUAAUUUAAGUGAUCUUUUCGUAUGUUUCCUGUUUUAGACAAUUUCGUUACUAGUGUUUAUUUUUUUUUUGUAGUGUCAACUCUUUGAAGCUUGGUAAUUUUCAUUAGUCUAAUUUCCUUUUCGGAAUUAAGCCAUAUUUAAUAUCGUAUUAUAUUCUAUACCUGGAUAAAUGCCAUUUAUUGUCUAUAAACUGCCGUGAUUAUUAUAUAUUUUGAAUUUUAAAAUUCUUUACAAUUUCUAAAAAUAUGAUGAAAAGCAUCAUAUUAGCAAUCAACACACACUAAAUAUUGAAUACGAUUUCUCACCAAAAAGUAAACGUAACGUAAUAAAUCUAAAACCUAAAGUGUUAAGAUAAACGAAAUAACUUUAACAUACAAGCCGUCAACAAUGCGAAAACGACAAACAUAGCAUACACAGCGAAUCCCAUAUCAAUCAUUAAAAAUUUGUACCAUUCCAUAUCUAAUGCGUAAGAUCUUAGAUGUUCCGCUCCAUUAUCCAUAACAUGUUCUACCCAAUAUGCAGCCCUUUCUUUUGGUAUCAUGGGUCGGUUUCUGAAGACUUUCGAACCAGAAGUAGUUUUUUGUUUAAAGGAUGGAUUUCCAAUUAUUUCUUUUAUUGUUUUUGUAAGUUCUUCGGGAGAGAACUUUUCUAAACUAAGAGUUUUACUAUAUCCUUUAUAUUCAGACCUUUUAGCAUUAUAAGGCUGAUCACCAAAUAUAGGGAAAUUCAACAUGGGUACUCCAUGAUAUAACGACUCAAAUUGUCCAUUAGCUCCACAGUGAGUUAUAAACAGCACUGUUUUAUUACAGCCUAAAAGGUCAUUUUGAGGCAUCCAACUUACAACUUUAACAUUAUCUGGUAUCCGUUUCACCGGACUAGUUAACCUUAUUAUAAAUUUAUACUGAGGCAGUUGAACGAAACUGUCAAGUAGCCUUUCACUUAUCUUUUGGGGUACACUUGACGCAAAACUUCCAAAGGAAACAAUUACUAAGCCUUCGCUCUCUCCCGAUGAUAUCCACUCAUCCAAAUCUGUUGGCAAAGGUUUAGACGGCGCAGUUGAGAGACCCCCAAUUUCUAUCAUAUUCGGAUAAUAAGGUCUAGCAUAAUCGAUUGCAACAUCUGAAUCGAAUAACCAUAUAUCAGCUUUUCUUAGUAAGGUCGUUAAAGAGAUUUCUGGUUUUUCUGGUGCGUACUUUUUUACCAUAUUUUCAUUCAAGUAAGGUGUUCUGUAAAAUUGAUAAGUUGAGAAUGCAAUCAUGCUCCAGGCAUUCUGCAACCUUUCAAUGAGUGACAUUUUUUCAGUAUAUGGAUUCGCCCAGCCAAAGGGUACAGUUGAUGGAAGAGACGGAACUCGAAAGAGCCACGGCUCCCAAAAUGUUCCUAUAUUAGAGAAUCGAAUAUUUAGUUUAUAAGGUAUGACAGCUAGACAACGAGCCAUCAUAAAAUAGUCAACAAUAGCAUAGUCAAAUUUAAUGUUGAGCAGCUUUUUAAAUAGAAUAUCAUCUUCGAGAGCAUUCCAGCAUAAUUCUUCAUAGCCAACGUAGUUAUGUUGCAUAUCUUGGAUUGGUGUUAUACGCAAAACUGCUUCAAACAAGUCUGCACUAUCCAUAUCACCUUGCUUUGAAUAGUCGUCAUAUUUAUUAAUAGGAUGAUGAAAGUGAAACUGUGCAUACUGCUUUUUUAGGCUAUUAGCAUUGGGUAAAGUAUCAGCUAUAAUGAAAUGAAUUUCAUGACCUUUGGCUGCCAACCGAUCAGCAACAUGAAUCAUUUCCAUUAUAUGACUUGUAAAAGAAAAAGGUAAAAAAAGAAUCUUUUUCAUUUCAACAGCAGAAGAAAGGAGGCAAACAACCAACAGCAGAGUUCUCAUAGACACCAUAUUACUCUAAAAUGUUUGUAAAUAUGCUGUAAGACAAAACGUAUGAUCAGUUGUACUUUCUAGGCAAGCUGCUUCAAUCUCUAUACCUAUAUUUUAGGCCAUAAUAUCAAAAAAAUCAUUCAAUAGAUUUUACUUAUCCAAGUGAAUAUGUAUAGAUAAAAUUAGUCCGACCUCAGUUCGCAAUUUGCUCUAUAUUUGUGUGCACGCGUGCGCAGUUACCUACCUAUCUAGAUGAAUGCUAAACUAUUGAUUAAAAGAGG